UAAAUCAGGGGAGGAAAGAAAGUAGCGAGAAACCUAAUGAGGAAAUGAACAAGGACUUGAACAAGGAAUUAAUUCAAUUACUCGCAACAUAUAAGAAACAAAAUGCAGAGCUCAAAAAGGAACUGAAGCGACUGAAAUAUAGUCGAGGAGCAAGAGGAGGAGGCAGAGGAAGAGGCGGAGGAGAGGGUAGAGGAAGAGGAGGCAGAGGAAGAGGCGGAGGAAAAUGGGGCACUUAUGGCAAAAAUAAUCCGACUAUCAUUUUUCAAUAAAUAAAAACAAACAAAAAUA